AUGGAUUUUUGGUCGCGACUCAUCGGUGGCGCUCGCACCUCCAAAACCCCUCGGACCAACACCCCUGUUGAGCGGUUGACGGCCUUUAAGAGAUCUUGCAACUCCCUCCAGCAAAUCUGGCGUUCGAGCAACUCCGCAUCGAGCGAAGUCGCGGCGACUGUCCACGCGCGGUCCUGCAUCGACCGUCUCAACCAUGUACUUAGCGAUGAAUCGCGGGGCCCCGCGCCGCAUCCAUGCCUGGCAUACGCAUCGACAUCGCAAAUAUUCGUGACUGUGACGAAGCUGGCCCUGACGUAUCGAGACGAAGAACUGGCCCGCUCCGCAACCGUGUUCUUCAACACCCUGAUCGAUGCCGAGGUGGACGGUAUUGUGGACAACCGGGUAUUUUCGCGGGCGCUGGUUGAUCUUGUGCGGAGGAACGGCGUGCACGCAGACGAUGUGGAGUCGAGAUUGGUUGAAUUGCUCUUCGGGGUCGCCAAUAAUAUACGCCUGCGGCCAAACAUCUUGACGGCGUGGUUUAUACCCAAGCAACCAGAGCUACCGGAGCGCGAGCUCGAAGAAGACGAGCAGUUUGCUGGUGUGACGCGGAAGGACGACUUUCCUCUUUUCUAUCUGCUGGUGGAUUACGUUCAUCGAGAGGGUCGAACAGGCGAUUUUGCCCGGACCGGCUUGUUAUAUCUCAUCGAGACGGCCACGAGGUCUAGGAUCCUGGAGAAGUGGCUAAUAGAAAGCGACCUGGCGACGCUCAUGGCCACAGGUCUUGGUGCAUCGUAUAGUCAGCUCAGUCGAAACAUUCGCCCCAUUUUCGCCGAAGGAAAUGUCCCGACAAUAAUCGCUCUCUCUGAUGAGAAUGACAUUCGAAAUGAUGUUCCACCCUCGGUUGGCGCCGAUUUUGAGUCGUUCUUAUCCUAUCUCCUGUUUUGGCAGGAUACGAUAGACCAUUGCCGCUCGAAAGAAGUCAAUGAUACGCUGCUGGACCACUUUCAAGUCUUGUUCCUGCAGCAACUACUAUAUCCUUCCCUUCUUGAGUCUUCCGAUGUCAAAGGAGGGUCGACGUCAGCAGUCUUGACAUAUCUUUGUAGGAUAUUAGAGUCGAUUGACCAGCCGGAACUUGUUCAUCGCACUCUCCAUUUUUUACUGGCGUCUCCAAUCGCAGACGAACCAGUCAUAGAUGUUCCGCAAAAGACGCACAACAAGCACAUGUCCGUUAGCCGGCGUAAGUCGUUGGAUCUUCUUGCUGCCUUUGCAGAAGAGCAGUCUGGACCGAGCCCUUCUCCGUCACUGUUUAAUUUAGUAGACUUGAUCUUGAUGAGUAUCAAGUCUCGCAACAAGGAGACAAUUUUUGCCACACUGCGUCUUGUCACGGUCAUAUUACGCAGGCAUCAUUCCUUUGCUGGGUCACUAAUCAAAACGGCACAACCCACAUCAGGUCCGCAACGCAGCGUGGGUGCUCUGAAUGCAGAGAUCAAAAGCUACAUGUCACUAGCCACUGUUAUCUUUGACGACCCAUCGCUAAAUGACUCCUAUGAAAACUACUCCAAGGAUGCCACUCUCAUAAUUGAAUCUCGUCUGUUCAUCCCAUCGCCAAAGGGCAGCAUUUUGGAUGGACCCACCGACAAGCCCCUGGACGUGCGAACUGAUGAUCCCAUAUUCAAGGAGAUUUUGAACCUCAUGGCAGACUUCUUUUCCAACAGCGUUAGCGUGAAUCUGGGUCUGACUGAGGUCAUUGGUAGCCUUGCCUCGUCUAAUCUUGUUUCUUUGAAUGGGUGGCUUUUGGUCGAACCAUCAAAAUAUGAGUACCAGGAAGAUGGCCCAACUCUAUUAACCAGUCCAUCUGUGACUGCAGCCGAAAAUGAUGAAGACGAGAACCCCGAGGAAUCUACACCGACCGACCCCCUAGAACCUAUCAGACGAGGCCUUGCCGAACCGACCUGGUCAGAUGAAAACUACACACCAGUUGCAAAGACUCUCCGAAAAUUGCUUGAUCAGAUUGAACAAUGGCAAAGAGAAAUUCCCGAUUUUAAUGUCCUUGUCGCUGCUCGUCGUGACCUGUUGCACGGGGAUGAUGCUCCUAUCGAAAGCGAAACCGCUGCGUCUCGUCAGACCUCGCAGCCUCCCGCAGCUCGCUCAGUGCAGCCCGACCAGACGCCGCUCUCUCCACGCGGCCGUCCUAUCAAUGUCAUUUCAGACACUGCUUCGUCUAUCAUGACACCAGGGUCGCUACCCCGAAGCACGAUUGGUUCUCCGUUGCAGGAGCCGCCAAUCCAGACACCAGACUCUCGGGACCCUUCUCGCCGUCCGAUUAUAAUAGAUGAUCUUCGUCGCCGACUGGCCAGCCCGUACCGACUCGACAAUCUGACUGGAAGCCUGGUUGCCAGCGACUCGGAGCGCAACUCUACAGUGGGAAUUACAACCGAGACAUCCACCGUUGAUGAUGAAGAAAACCAGCCAACCCCACCGGAGAACGAAGAUACGGUGACGCUGGGACAUAUACUUACAAACGUUGUUAUUUUGUACGAAUUCAUUCUCGAACUGACGGCCCUCAUCCAGGUCAGAGGUACUGUAUUCGAAGAGGCUGGGUUUUAG